GAACGGAUAACUGGGGACCGAUGAAUAAGAUCAACUCCGCUCCUCUGGGUCGACGCGCCUUGCAACACUGUCCACGGAGUUACAGAAGGUUGAGAGGUCAAGGAAGACGUGUCGCCGCUUCAUUCUGUCUUCCCUCUGUCAUCGCACCACGCCGCGAUCUGAACUCCCUUGGAGCGCGCCGCCCUUGGUGAGGCGCUCAGAUGAUCUCUCAGCAACCGUGUGUUUGCCUCGUGUAUCUCAAUCUACGACCUCGAGGCGGAGCAAUCACGCUUAGGCAGCGUGCUGCAUCCAUAUAAGACAUUCCCCAGACUUAUUGACCUCUCACUUUGCUAGUCUCCCCCCACCCCCACAUUUUGCUUAUCAUGCUCCCAGUGACGGUUGUGGAGAGUUUGCCUAUCGUGUUUUGUGGCCUCGCGACUCUCGCAGCAACUGCAGGCUACACUGCCGCGCGCAAGAUCAGAUCGCUUCCAACACGUGCUAUGUCAUCACCCAAUCCCGCAUCGAGCCAGGAGAAAGCGGAGCCCAGUACAUCGUCUGGAACAAGCGCGACUUCGAUCAAUUCUCCCGAAAAAGCAGCUAUGCCUCCAGCCGAUGAAAUCACUGAUUUGGCUACCCCGGAAGACGUUGAAUCACCCUCCGCCCCGAUCCCCGAUCUGGAAUCUGUCGUUCUCAAGCGCAAGAGGUCACCCGAGGAUGAGGAGGAUGAGAUAGAUCCGGAGAUGGGCUAUCCACAUAAUCUGAAAGCCAUUUAUCCUAACAAGAGAAGAAACAACUCUGAGCCGCCGCAAGAGGAAUCAGAGCAGGUUGGUAUUCCAGCUGAGACUCGGCCAGUCGACAAGUCACUGGUGCCAGCUGUUGUGGAGAACAUAUCGGAAGCAGCGCAGCCGACGAGCUCUUUGGAAGUGCUCGUGUCUCCCCAAACCCCAGCAAAGAGCAGCGACUGUCCGGGCCCGCGAUUUGCCUUUCCACAAACUCCUCCGCGCUUUCCGUCUUUUCCGACGACUCGAAAUGCGUCUACAGGUGCAUUCGCUGGUUUUGCGGCCGCAACUUCGGCAACAUUCGGAUCAUCGAACGCAGCCCUUUCGAAACCGAGUUGGAUCAAGGACAAAUCCAGUGAUUCUCAAAAGGAGGAGGCACCCGCGCUAUUGGCUGCGAAGGCGGGCGUCUUGCAAGUCCAAUCUCAUUCCACGGGUGAAGAGGACGAAGAUGUUGUCCUCGAGGCCAAAGGGGUUAAGCUUUUUGUGAAACAAGGUGACGACGCCUUCUCCAGUGGGAUGGUCGGACACAUCAAGUUUUUGUCUCACCGAGCGACUGGCAUAAAACGUCUUCUCUUUCGCCGUGAACCUUUAUGGAAAGUGUCCAUGAACGUGCUCAUGCAGCCGACUGUGCGAUGCACAUUCGACGCACACGACCUUGUCCUGCGCGUGGCUAUGAAAGAAGCAACCGGACAAACGGCUGUCUAUGCGUUCAAGCCUGGCCGGGCCUGCAAGAGGAAUGAUUUCCAGGACUUUGCCGAAUCUUUGGUUGCGCAGGCGCGACAGACGGAACAGAAUUGAAUUCGGUGUCUUGUGGGCAGGAGCUGGGCCUCUGCAGCGCAAUGCCCCAGGUCUGGGUCUGGACCGCGACCCUCUCAGGGUCUGUAGUAUGUAGAUGUCGAUGGUCCGUAAUCUGGAACACGGAGGCACCGUCCUUAAUGCACGGAAAGGCGCAAUGUCAACUGAGAUAGUGCGACCCUGUCACUGAAAUCCGGCCGAGACUU